AUGAAGGUUCUCAUUUCCAAUGAUGAUGGGCCACCAAGUUUAGAUGAAUCUCCAUUUAUCCUACCGUUUAUCGAGCAUUUAGAGAAUUUAGGCUGGGACGUAAAGGUUUGCUUGCCUGACAGCCAAAAGUCUUGGAUUGCCAAAUCCUUCAUGAUCAAACAAGAGAUUCAGCUUCGUUACUUUAAUAGACUGACAAAGCAAAUCACUGAGGAGAAACAAAACGACAAUGAUUUCUAUUUGCUAAGCGGAACACCAGCAACCUGUGUCAACAUUGCAUUGAACCAUCUAUUUAGAGAUGAAGAGUUCGAUCUGGUGAUUGGUGGUCCCAACUUUGGCAGAAACAUCUCAACAAUUUUCACACUUGCAUCAGGAACAGUAGGUGCAGCCAUGGAAGCUGUACUGAACAAGAAGAAGGCAAUUUCUGUUUCCUUUUGCUUUUGCAAUCAGAGGCCCGAAUGCAUCAAUAUUUGCUGCGAAACAGCGAGUGAUAUUAUUCAACAUUUAUACAAUUCUUCUCAAGAAGAUACCCCUUGGCCAGAGAAUGGGAUGUUUAAUGUCAACAUUCCCAUGAAGGAUUAUCGCUGCCCUAUUCAUAUAACCGAUUUUCAUAGAGCUACAUAUGGCUCGCUGUUCAAGAAAGCGCAAGAUAACAAAAAGGGAACUAGCUUCAGGUUUUCGCCUGACUUCACUGCUAUCAACAAGGAUCGCGAUGGCUUACCUGGUACAGACAAAUGGGCUCUCAUGAAUAACUGCGUGUCAGUGACACCUAUGAUUGCAGCCUUCCAAACUGCAAUUGCUAAUGAUCUAGAUUAUAAUUUCAAUGCCAUCAACAAAAAAUAUGCUGCAGAAUAA